CGCGGGCAGAGCGCUGCGCGGGGCCGGUGGCGAAGGUCCACGGCGGGAUCGGCGUCGCUGCGGCUGCCCACGACCCGGUCCCCGGCCGGCUGCCCCGCAGAUCCACCUUCGUGGCGCGGCUGAAAGCGCGCGGAUCCCCGAGGGAGCGAGUCCCCGCGCGCGGCUGCUCGGCUGCUUCCCUCCGUGGGAGGUCGGGCUCGCGGCUCUCCGGACCCGCCUGGCGUCCUCGUCUCCGGCGGGGCGGGCCGGCUGCGGCGCCCGGGACAUGGCUUCGGCGGGCAGCGGCAUGGAGGAGGUGCGCGUGUCGGUGCUGACCCCGCUGAAGCUGGUCGGGCUGGUGUGCAUCUUCCUGGCACUGUGUCUGGACCUGGGGGCCGUGCUGAGCCCGGCCUGGGUCACGGCCGACCACCAGUACUACCUGUCCCUGUGGGAGUCCUGCCGGAAACCCGCCAGCUUGGACAUCUGGCACUGCGAGUCCACACUCAGCAGCGAUUGGCAGAUUGCUACUCUGGCUUUACUCUUGGGCGGUGCUGCCAUCAUUCUCAUUGCAUUCCUGGUGGGUUUGAUUUCCAUCUGCGUGGGAUCUCGAAGGCGCUUCUACAGACCUGUUGCUGUCAUGCUUUUUGCAGCAGUUGUUUUACAGGUUUGCAGCCUGGUCCUUUACCCAAUCAAGUUCAUUGAAACUGUGAGCUUGAAAAUUUACCAUGAGUUCAAUUGGGGUUAUGGCCUGGCCUGGGGUGCAACUAUAUUUUCGUUUGGGGGUGCCAUCCUUUAUUGCCUGAACCCUAAGAACUACGAAGACUACUACUAGAACCAAUAGUCUCAAAUUAAAAAAAAAAAUCAACCAUCCAACAAAAGGAUUACAUCUGCAUCUUUUCUAACUCACUAUUUUCUAAAACAUUUGUGGAGCAUCAAGCAGUUUGCUCAGUUGAUUUAAUAUCUUUUGCCUUUUGGCUGUCAACAUCAUAACCAGCUUUUACAUCCAUUUUAGGGACCUGCACAAAUUAAGAGAGCUGAUUAGACAUAGGCAAAUGCUGCAAACUUCCAAUAUGUUCAUGUCACUUUUCUUGACAAGCAAAGGGUCUAUAUGACAGCAACCAUUGUGAGAAACUAGUUGGAAUGAGAAAUGCCUGAAUCUCCUAUUGCCUGCAGGGGAGCAGCUGGCAUAAACAACGUUUAGAAGCUCCUUUGUGCUGACAAGGAUUCCACUGUUAGAGUCCUUAUCGCCUGCUUAUCCCUCCCCGUGACUACAUUGGCAUUGGCCGUUGGUUAUUUGCUUGAGUGAACUCUUGAAAAGUGAACUUCCUUUCAGCAUCUAAUGGGAGUUCUGAAUGUAACUGGUUAAUGAUACAUAUUCCACCUUCAAGAAUACUUGUUUUAAAGGGAGGUAAUGCUUUGGCAAUCAGCAUCUCCCUGGGAAGGAAGUCAAGACUCGGAGACAUGUGCUUUUCAUUAUGUGGUUAGAAAUUUUGCCUCAGCCAUAUCUAGAAUGAGGAAAAAUUGAGUCUCUACUUUCCUUGGGGCAACUAGAAAGAAAUAUGCAUGAGUUGCUUUUGUCCUAAGUACCCUUUAAAUCACUUAUCAAACAUUACAGCAAACAGUUGUGCAUAUGUAACAAGCUUAAAUAUUUUUAUAGAAGGUGAACCAUUAGUAUAAAUGGUAAUAAGUUGUUCCCUAGCCCUACACAUGCAUUUGCCUUUUGCACAUAAAAUAAAUGUUUGCUCUAGUGAAGUGAUUUGAACACUGACCUUGUACACAUUUUUAAGAGGCUUAGAUCGGUAUUCACACUUAUUUACCGUACAAAAGUGCAUAUACCCUAAAGCUUUUGCUCUAUGUUCUCUACUGUUUCACUGGAAAGUGUUAAUAGAAUUGUAUAAGAAGAAAAAUUGAAAUGGUGUUAAUCUGAAAAUUAAUGAUUCUUCUGUAAGCCCUGUAGUUCAAAAGAGAGUAGCAAUUAGGAUAAUCAUUUUGUUUAAAAUUCAUUAAAAUAGAAGGCUGCUUUUUUUCCAAGUAUUUUAAAUGUCUUCAUUAAAAAAUAAAGGAAUAGUGAUAGAUUUAUAUAAAUGUCUAAAUGUCAAUAGAGGAGUAGAAUUCAUCUGGUUAUCACCUGGUCCUCUGAAGUUAACUAAUGAGCUAACUGAUUUGUGCACACAAUUAUGAUGGAUUUAUGGUAAGGGAAUCAUUUAUGGACUGGUCAAAUGGAAGGAAAUAUCAAUAAUAGGGAAUAAGCUUGCAACGAGUCUUACACUGCAAACUUGUGUUAAUCCUGUUAAAUAUACAAAUUUGGUUAGUUUAAUUGUAAACAUAUUUUUAUAUCAAAUAUACAGUUCUAAUAUAAAAAUUAUAAAUAAUUAUUUUUGUUAACAAAGACACUAUUUGGCCCUCUUGCAGAAAGAAGCAUUGGAGAAAUCAUUUAAAAUAUACCUGUCUUCUGUUAUAUUGCAAAAUCUGUUAAGAGCAGGACCACAUCAAUAGUAUUUAAUAAUUUGCUUUACCUCCCAAAGCAGAGUUCUGCUUUUAGCUUGUCUUAAGAACUGUCGCCAAAACAACAGGAAAAAAACAAAACUAUUUUAUUAUUCAAAGGCUUAAAAAAAAAACCCUCUUAUCUUGUGACUUUUCUAUGGAAUCACAAAGUAAAUGUGAAGAACCAGGCUUAUUCUUAUUUUAGCAAUGACAGACAAAAAUGAUUAAAUGCAUCCUAGAGAGAAACCUUUAUAAAAGUAUAUAAUUCUGUAUAGAAUCAUAAGAACUAUGAGUGGAAAUUUUCCAGAAAGAUAUUAACUAUUAUAGAAUCUUUUGAAGCAAUUUUCUUGAGAAAUAGUAAAAUCUGGGCCAGACUAUCUUGCAGUUAAUUGCAUAUUAUCAGAGCAGCAUGAGAAAUAACGGUAUUUGUUGGAAAGGGAUUUCAGCUACUAAACACUCUUUAUUGGGAGAGAAUCUCUUUAUUCCUGAAUAAUGGAAAAACAGUACUUUGGUGCUGACAUCAAUGAGGCACUUUUCUUAGUCCUAGUAGAGGAUGCAGUGUGCUGUUAAACCAAUAUCAUAUCUUGAGUCUUACAAAGUUUUCAUUCUCUGUCAAUAUGAAAAGCUGGAAAGUGACAGAGUAUAGUAUAGGCUAAGGCACACAUAUUUGCAGUUUGCUGAGAAGUAGAUUUCUUAUAUAACUUUUUUUCCCCUUCCCAGUGAAGAGCCCUAUGCUAUAUUUCUACCAUCACUAAUAUUUGAAAGUGUUUCAUUACUAACAAGUUCAAUAUAACAUGAAAGUUGUCAUUGCUCAUCCAAAAUACUGUUUUGUCUAUCAGAAUCAACACAAGUGAAUUUUUCACCCACAGUAACAUGUCUUUGCAGCUUUAGGUUUGUUUAAUGUUUUCUUACAAGCCAAACUAUUAACUACAAUCCCAUUGUUUAUCAUAUAUAUAUAUAUAUAUAUAUAUAUAU